AUGGGACAGCAGUCUUCCUCAUUGAUGCCAUCAUCAUCUGAUAGUCCUCCAGCUCAUAGAUCUCUUGGCCCUUUGAAACAAACAGAAGUCACACUCCAACUCGCCGAUAGAUCAAUAAUCUAUCCUAAGGGCGUAUUGGAAGAUGUUUUGGUCCAAGUGGAAAAAUUAAUCUUCCUAAUAGACUUCUUUAUCCUAGACAUGGAGGAUAAUAAUUCAUCCAACUCUACAGAUUUUUUGCUAGGAAGACCAUUCCUUAGCACAGCUAGAACGAAGAUUGACGUGCAUGAAGGCACGCUCACAAUGGAGUUUGAUGAAGAAGAGGUAAAGUUUAAUGUCUAUGAUGCAAUGAAGUAUCCUGAUGAAAAUUUUUCUAUUUGCAGUAUAGAUGUAAUCGAACCUCUCGCUCAAAAAGUAUUUGAACUAAGCAAGAAAGACAAGUUGGAGGUAGUUCUAACUGAAAACUUGACAUUAGAUUACCUUGACGAGUGCACAACCCAGUUCCAUGAAGAGAUCAUAGAGACCAUCCACUCAUUGGAUACACCAUACCAGAAGGCACCGGAGAUUGAGCUAAAGGCUCUUCCCACACACCUGAAGUAUGUCUUCCUGGGGAAAGAAAACACCCUUCCAGUCAUAGUCUCUAAUAAACUGAGUAAAGGUGAGGAAGAUAAGCUUGUUCAGGUACUGAAGGAGUAUAAGGAAGCAGUUCGGUGGAUAAUUGCAGAUCUUAAGGGAUUAAGCCCCUCUACAUGCAUGCACAAGAUCCUCCUUGAAGAAAAUAGUAAGCCAAAAAGGGAAGCACAAAGAAGAUUAAACCUACCUAUGAUGGAAGUUGUAAAAAAGGAUAUACUAAAAUUGCUUGAUGCAAGAAUAAUAUAUCCAAUUUUAGACAGUAGAUGGCAACUUUCCAAAGAUGUUAUUAAGCUCAUUGGUAAAUAUGAUCUGUAUGGCCACGUAGCAUAUCCUAAACACCACAAGCAGUCUGAUGUUCCUAACAUUUAUCGCCUUGCAGCAAAAACAAAGGGGGUUUUCGUCAAUCCUGCUUUUAUCGAGCCCUUUGGGCUUACGUUGAUUGAGGCUGCGACUCAUGGUUUGCCUAUUGUUGCUACAAAAAAUGGGGGCCCUGUUGACAUUCAUCAGGUACUUGACAAUGGAUUACUAGUUGAUCCCCAUGACCAGCAGUCUAUUGUUGAUGCUCUUCUCAAACUUGUUUCAGGUAAACAACUUUGGGCAAGGUGCAGGCAGAACGGACUGAAAAAUAUUCACCUUUUCUCAUGGCCAGAGCAUUGUAAGAUAUACUUGGCUCGAAUAGCCAGUUGCAAGCCUAGGCAGCCCAAGUGGAAGAGAAGUGAAGCUGGGUUGAGAAAUGAAGAGUCCGAUUCACCUGGUGAUUCUUUAAGAGACAUUAAAGAUUUAUCUUUGAAGCUUUCAUUAGAUGGAGACAAAAAUGAAAGUGAAAAUCUUGAUAAUUCUCUUGAUACAGAAGAAAAUGCUUCAGAUAGGAAGAAUGUGUUAGGCAAUAAUGCUUUGACAUUGUCAAAAGAUGCUAUAAGAGGUGCACAAAAUGAAUCAAUACAGAAGGCAGACAAUAAUAUUUGCAGCAGCAAAUUUCCAUCACCGAGGAAGAGGAAAUAUAUCUUUGUUAUUGCAGUAGAUGGUGAUACGACUUCAGAUUCUCUUGAAGCUAUUAAGAAAGUUGUUGAGGUAGGAAUGAAGGAAACCUCUAUAGGUUUCAUUUUGGCGACUUCCAUGACCAUAUCUGAGGUGUACUCUCUUCUGGCCUCUGGAGGCUUGAGCCCAUUAGAUUUUGAUGCAUUUAUAUAUAAUAGUGGUAGUGAAGUCUAUUAUCCAUCUUUAAGCAAUGGGGAUAUUGCUGGCCUUCCUUUUGUAUUAGACCUGGAUUAUCAUUCACACAUUGAAUACCAUUGGGGUGGAGAAGGUUUGAUCAAUGAUAAGCAUGGACAGGAACAAAUUGUUGUAGAGGAUGAAUCAGGAUCAACAGCUCAUUGCUGUGCAUUUAAAGUGAAAGAACCAUCAAUGAUCCCUUCAUUGAGAGAACUUCGGAAAUUGAUGAGAAUUCAGGGCUUCCGCGGCCAUGUUAUUUAUGAGAAUGCAUAUGUUCUUGACCUCUCACAUGAUAUGAAAAUUUCCAAGACGUUUAAUGUGACAGAUAUAUUUCAGUCCAGAAAGAAUGAGAGAGAGAGAGGAGUUAUAUUUGAAAGGGAGAAUUUGUAA